AUGCCCCCAGCCAAACGUCCUCCUCCUCUAUGGCCUCAAUACCUCUGCACACUCACAUUAGCCGUCACGCUCCUUACAGGCGUUCUGAGGCUUGGGCUUAUUGAUUGGGCCGACAGAGAUCAUUGUCAUUCGCUUGUUACAAAAGGAAGAUGGUUAGACUCUGGGUUCAAGAACUGGCAGCCGGAGGGCUGCAUGCUCAACACCUACAUCCCAGCCACCCUCUCCCCCUGCCUCAAAAACCGGCGCGUCGUCUUCUUAGGCGACAGCACGGUCCGCCAACUCUUCUUCACCUUUGCGCACCUCGCCGACCCGUUAUUACCCUCAACACAUCCGAGCGAUGGGGGGAAACAUACCGAUUAUUCCCUCGUUUCGAGCGCUAUGAGCCUCAGUGUGGAGUUUGUCUGGGAUCCCUAUCUCAAUUCGAGCAGGACGAAGGAGGUGCUUACCACUCCUUCACGCGGGAAGCCCCCUGCGCUGUUGGUCCUCGGCAGCGGAUUAUGGUACCUCCGCAACCCGACGAGCGGCGGGCUCCCAGCAUGGGAAAAGAUGCUCGACAACACUUUCUCCCUGCUCCAUUCCGCCCAGGGAGUUGCAGACGAACUCUUCUUCCUCCCCGUUGAGACCCCGGUAUAUUCCAAGCUCAACCCAGAACGAAGACGCACUAUCCGGCCCUCGGACGUAGCAGCGAUGAACUCUGACCUGAGGCAGCGCGUCCGAGCCCCCAGCAGCUGGACAUGGUCCUCACGCUCUGGUGCCCCAGAGUUAAAGGAAGAACAUGGCGACCUCCCAGCCGGGGAAGUUGUUCUUCCGCAAGUAUUCAACGACAUGCUCGACCCGGCGCAGACCGAAGACGGCCUGCAUUUCGCCCAGCAGGUCUUGGUUACCCAGAUCCAGGUCCUCCUAAAUAGGAGGUGUAACAGGCUUCUGAAGCAAAAGUUUCCCUGGGAUAGGACUUGCUGCAGGCCGUAUCCCUUGCCUGGGUUCGUACAGGGCCUGAUGAUCUUCUGCGUGGCUGGGUGGGGCCUGCUUGCACGACUCUGGAUCUCAAAAAGGGAGCGGCCCCUGCUGAGAAGCUUCUUCCCCUCCGGCGACGCACAGCAUCAACUCUCCAUCUUCGGGCUCUCCGUCCUCCUCUGCUAUCUCGCGGACCGGACUCCUCUCUGGGACAAAGAGCAGAAGCAGUUUGACACUGUCUGGUUCUUUGGGCUGCUUUUGUUGGGAUUGGGUGCCGGGGUGGGGACGCUCAAGUGGGGGGAGAAGGAUGCCGGGUUCUUGAAUCGUGACCAGACGGAUGAAUGGAAGGGCUGGAUGCAGAUCAUCAUCCUCGUGUACCAUUACUACGGCGGCUCUCAAAUCUCAGGAAUUUACAACCCCGUACGCGUGCUCGUCGCCGCCUACCUAUUCAUGACCGGCUACGGGCACUUCCACUUCUACUACCGCAAGGCCGACUACUCCUUCACGCGCAUCGCACAGGUUCUUGUCAGGCUCAACAUGCUCACCGUCGCCUUGGCGUACGUGAUGAACACGGACUACCUCUUCUACUACUUCGCUCCGCUCGUGUCGUUUUGGUUCCUUGUUAUCUACUUUACGAUGCUCGUGGGGGCGAAGUACAACGACCGGCUGCUCUUCCUCCUCCCCAAGAUGGCAGCAUCAGCAGCACUGGUCGCGCUCAGUAUGUAUAACGCCUGGGUGAACGAGGCGCUCUUUGCCCUCCUUCGAAAGGUUUUCCGCCUGCCAUGGAACGCGAGAGAGUGGACUUUCCGCGUCUCGCUCGACCUAUGGAUCGUUUGGCUCGGAGCGCUGACCGCGCUCUGCACACUCAAGUUCACCCAACACCGGCUAGCCGAACACACAUUCUUCCCCAUCGCGAAGCGCUUCGCUGCCGUCCUUUCACUCGCUACGCUUGCCUGGUUCUUCUGGUUCGAACUGACAAGGGAGACCAAGCUCGUGUACAACGCCUACCACCCCUACGUCUCCUUCCUCCCCAUAACGGCCUUUGUCCUCCUGCGCAACCUCACUCCCUCACUACGUUCCUCCCACUCCCGGCUAUUCGCAUUCAUCGGCAAGAUAUCUCUCGAAACCUUUAUUCUGCAGUAUCAUCUCCUUCUGGCGGGUGACACGAAGGGACUGCUGAUCGUGCUACCCCACAGCUGGAGGUGGGCGAAUCUGGUACUCGUGAGUCUCGGGUUUGGAUGGUUGAGCUGGAGAGUAGCAGGCGCGACGGGGGUGUUGACGGCCUGGGUGCUGGGAAAGGACAAGGAGAAGGGAUUGCCGACGCAGCGUCUUGGGCCGGGGGUGGGGGAGGUGGGCAACCCGAGAGUAGCGCAAGGGGAGAGGGCGAAUGGGGUGGUCAGGGAGGAGGAGAUCCCGUUGUCCGCUGUGAGCGAGGGCAAGCUGGAGGUGGAAGGACAGGUGGAGAAUGGGGUGACGAGUCCGAAUCUGCACGCCCAUCCACACCCGCAUCCGCACGAACACACACACACGCACGGCCAUCCGCCUCCUCCGUCGCCUGUGUCUGGGCAGACAGUGCACCCGCUGAUCAAGGCGUUCAAAGACGACUUGAGGUUUCGAAUUGGGGGGAUCUUGUUGGUCUUGUGGGGGUUUAACUUGAUUUGGCCGGUGGAGUGAGUGCGAUGGGCGAAAGGAGGUUAGGUUUGGGCAACCGAGGGCGGAACGAGGUCGGUGAGGAGUGAAAAAAGCGAAAACGGUACGAAGGACUAUGCCAUACAACGCAGUUUCAGGCAUGGACGUGUUGCGGACAUUACACAUGAGUGUGGAUGACUAGUGUACAGUUUCCCUACAAA